UGUCGGGAUGAUUUUAUCAUACCGGGACGCAAAACGUUGUGCUUCUUGUCUAACUUGUGGUGACGAAGCCCUGGGAAGAAGAUCGAACGAUUUUACAAGAGUCGAUUUGGGAAGCUUAAUCCACUGCCGGGAGCUGGCGAUCAACUUAAAACUUGUGCCAUACGCGCGGGGUAGAAACAGAAAACCGUUACCUUGAAGAAGGCAUGGAAUUUAUUUCAUUUUUCAUGUUCAUAGCCUGGAAUGCAUUAUUGACUAGCUUCACUUUUGGAAAAGAGCGAGAUCGCACAAUGCUGUUUCCAGAUUACUUCUUCUUUGCUGAAAAACGUUUGGAAAACCAUGAAAUCGAAACCAAAUACGUCAAAGACUUGGAUCAAUGUGAGCUUUUCUGCUACAUGAACGACAACUGCGUCAGUGCUAACUUCAAAAAAGAGCCAGAUACAAGUGUAAUGGCUCAUGUUUGUGAACUGAAUAACGCCACUCAUCUUGACCAUGAUACUGACCUGAUAACUGAUGCUGAUUUUUAUUAUCGAGGCUCAAAGAACGCCUGCGGUAAAAAUCCACCUUGUCAAAAUAAUGCAACUUGUCAGUCCGGUUUCACAAUCAAGGGAUAUCGAUGCUCGUGCCCUCCUGGAUUCGAAGGAGAACAUUGCGAAAAAGAUGUUGAUGAAUGCCAAAAAAACACUCACGAUUGCCACCUGAACGCUACUUGUCGAAACACAAAUGGAUCCUUUGUGUGCACCUGUUUAUUUGGAUUUAACGGAGAUGGACGGAACUGCACAGACAUCGACGAGUGUUCACAAAUGAACAUCUGUGGUGAGAACGCCUCCUGCAGUAAUAACCAGGGCUCCUACAGUUGCGCCUGUAAUCCUAAAUAUAUUGGGGAUGGUUUGACUUGUAAAGCCGAUCCGUGCUAUAAUUACAGAAACCUGAGCGAUGCUAACAGAAAGAGCACUUACAACACACCCCUCAAUGGAGAAAAAUGUGACGACGAUAUAUCCGGGGAAUGGUAUCGUUUCGUGGGAGAUGCAGGAACAAAAAUGCCAACCCAGUGCGUACCGGAUAAUAGAUGUGGUGCGGUCUUCUCAGGCUGGCUAAAAGGUGGUCACCCCACAUUGGCAGAUGGUGAGGUUUCCUUAAUGGUCUGCUUUACCAGAAGUGGAGAUUGUUGCGAGAAAUCAGUUGGCAUAAAAGUGAAAGACUGCGGAUCCUACUUUAUUUACCAACUACAAAAGCCACCUAGAUGUAACUCGCGCUACUGUGGCACAGACUAA